AUGAUUGUGCUUCAGGAGAAAACCCGGCAUUUGUCAAACGUCAAGUUGUACUAUUUAUGUUUACAUUGCAGUUUCAAAUGCAUUGAACAUUCUGAUUUAAGAAGAAAAACUCAUAUUUUCUUGGAGAAAACCGAACCGAUCUUCAAUCCAUCCAUCCAAAUGAUGUCCUCGGCUGUCGAUAUUGAUCCCACCUUCAAGCAUGCCCUCAAAUUGCUUCACUCGUCCAACACGGACUCAGCGGAGAAGAUUCGCAACUUGCUAGAUGAGCUCAUCAAACAACGCUACGGAGGCAAUAAAACCCUAAACAGCACACUCAGCAAGAAGCACCUGGCCGAGGAGAGUACCGCCCCGGGAAGUAAUCUCUAUGUACGGAAGCAGAAACCAGCUCCGGUAGUGCUGCGUGCCGUUUCACCACUCAUCGUUUCGGGUCCCGAUUCUAAGCAGCAAUCUCCGGCGAAAAGCGACCAAACGGCUGAAGGAACUGCCUUGGAAUCGCUGACCGUUCCUCCGCCACCAUCGGGAUCAAUCAUCGUUUCCAUUUCGGAUGGCGAGGGAAAUGACGAGGAUGACGAUGUAGUGAUGGAAGAGGAUCAGCUCAAAGAGCUGGAGGAUUUGAUGUGCAUCGUUUGCAAGAGGAUGGAACACACGGCCCGGAAUCGGCUGGUCGAGUGCGCUGAUUGCCAUUCGCUGUAUCAUCAGGAGUGUCACAAACCGGUGAUAUCCGAAGCGGAUGCUAACGACCAGGAGAAUGCCUGGUUCUGUACUUUGUGUAAAGGGAAAACGAUCAGUAAGUCGUCCUCUUCGUCGUCCCCGGCGGUCAGUUCCUCGACGAAGGUUUCGUCCUCAUCAUCUUCGUCGCAUUCCAAGUCAUCCAGCAGCAAGAAUUACGAUUCAUCCUCCUCGUCGUCGUCUAAGCAUCAUAAAAGUUCCAAGUCGAGCAAGGAGGGAUCGUCGCAUGAUCGCGACCGGGAUAGAGACCGGGACCGGGAACGAGAUCGGGACCGGUCGGAUCGUGAUCGGGAAAAGGACAAGGAAAAGUCUUCCAAGAGCAGUAGCAGUGGUGGGGGCGGAUCAGGAUCCUCAGGGGGAUCAUCUUCAGCGGCUAACGCAGGAGCAGGAACGCCGAAUAUCAACAUUAUCAGUGCGGACAAACGGCUGCAGAUGAUGAAGAAGAAAGCGGCCAAACUGCACGACAGCAAAAGAAAGCAUAAGUAGGUACAAGAGUGGGGUUUCAGAUUUAUCGAUAAUUGUAUUGUAGGCUUAAAAGUAAAAUUUGGUAUCUUCAUAGCACUUAUUUAAAUAAGUA